AUGUUCCUGAGAAGGAAUAACCAGAGAGAUACAACUGAAAACAACACUGCUGUAGAAGCUAAGGAGGUAGCAAAUUUCAGAAAAAAGAAUGAUUUGCAGAUCUUAGAUGCUUCAGAUAUUCCAAGUUUUAUAGGUCUACAAAAGCAUCCCUUGGGUUUGGUCAUUAAGACGUUGUUAGUGAUAGUGAGGAGCCUCUUUUCUGUUGGUUGUGCCAAAGAUCCGGUGUCCACCACAGAUGUCCCCUUUCUUUGGGACCAGAUUAGUGGGAGCAUAACAGAAUUUCCAGUACAGAACAACAAAAUAAUCAUUGAUAUCUGGAAGUAUAUUGAUCGCCUGAAAAUGUAUAAGAUUCUUAUGAGAGAAUCAGACAAAUAUUUUGCUCAGUUUGGAAAAAACAAUUCAGAAAACGUGCUGUGGGCACUAACCAUAUUUUAUGGAAGACUGUAUAAGACAGCUACUCUCUUUGCUUUGCAGAUCGGUUCUCAGACCCUUCGAACAGCUCAGUCUGCGCUUUUGGUGGUGGCUGCAUAUCCAGCAGCAGUGGCUGGGGAGAGAUAUACAAUUUUCUGUGCAAUUUCCAAGGAACUAAUGAAUUUAUGCAACCAACUUGAAACAGGUAUUAAUUUCUAUGUGAUUGCUAUGAAUUUCCUUGCUGCAGUUGAAUCUGGGUUUUUAAGAGAUAUGCCGUAUAAGAUAGAAUUUUUAUCUGGAGAGGAACGCAGAUCUGACUUCUGUUAUUCAAUUGAGGAAUGUCGUAGAGCCUACCCACAAGCUAUGGAUGGAGCCAAAAGGUUUUAUCAGUAUAUGCAGUCAAGGAUGACCCUAUCCAAGGUUGGAACUAUUCCCAUUAUCAACAGAGAUGAUACUACAGUGAUCAAAUAUAUGUGGGAUGCCCAUCGAGCCGCGGUUGACGUUGCAAAGCCGAAGUUCAAUGACAUAUCAGAAUAUUCUUCUGCAACUGAAAGAGACUUCACCAUGGAUUUUCUAUCUGCCUUUGAAUUUUGUGAGGCAGCAGAAUAUCGCCCAUAUUUUGAAAGUACAGUGGAAAUACUACUAGGGUUCCCACAUAGGCCACUCACAGACCAAGAUGCAAACAUUCUCGCCCCUGACUUCAAUUUAUACGAAAAAGCACAUUUGACUUCAAUAAGAACACUUUCAAGAGUAAAUAAAAUGACAGGUAGAAACAGUUACAAUGGUUUCCUCUGGGACUUCCCCACUGUAAUUGUCAUUCCACAGGUCAGGAAACCUGUGGAAAAGGAGGUUCUACCUCUAAUGAGUACAUCAAUUCCACUGUGUGCUCUGAAACUGAGAAAAUAA